GCAGGACCCUCCAGGAUGCCGGCGCCUCCUUCCACGGAAAACCUCCACUCCCGAGGUCCUCCUCACCCCCACGCGCUCUCCGUGGAAGUGUCUCCCCCCGAGGAGUACUUCCGCGGAGUGUCACCUCUCUGUCGCAAGAUGCUGGAUGACAUGACAGCCGUCCGGGAGAAAUGGGGUGACACGUGGAACGAGCUUUCGUAUCAGCAGCAGUGUCGCGUCAUCGAUCAGGCUAUGGUGGACGAGGCGACAGUCCGGAGGUACGAGGCCGGGGAGCUCCGAGGGGCGUGCGAGGAACCCGAGUACGAGUACUUCCCGAAGCUCAAGUUGCCGACGGGACAGAAGGUCGUUUGCGACGAGAACCUCACCGCCAGAGGAUUCUCAUGCAGCUGGCGCGAUGAGCACUCCGCCCCCUUCUCGUGGCACACGCGCUCGCAGAUGGAUCUGACGCUCGACACGCCCCCGGCCACGCCCACCCACCCCAGCACCCCGACGGAGCCUCCGCCCACCACCGUCGAGGGCCAAGGGCGCGUGAUCCCGGGCGGGCGCGCCGUCUACACCGCCCGCCCGGUGUCGCUCCCGCGGCCGCCGAGAUUCCGCUGGCACUACGACCCGCCCGGCAGCCCCGACCCGCCGGCCGUGGUGGUGGCGGCGCCGCGCUCGGCCACGCUGCCCUCCAACCUCAACCGCGAGUCCCGCCGCGCCAACACCUCCAAGUACAUGCUCAUCCGGAACAAGGCGGACGGCGGCGAGGGCGGGGGCGGCAUCCUGGCCAAGAUCCGCGGCGCCGUCGCGGCCCUCACCGCCACCUGCCUCCCCUUGAAGGCCACCUCGGGACAGAACUCCCUCCUCUCCCUCUACAACGCCCCGAAGGAGGGCGGGGAGCCGGAGCUGCGCCCCCCGCACGUGCGUGUGCAGGCGACGGAGCCGAAGGACUCCCCGGCGCUCUCGGGCCAGGUGCCGGAGCCCGCCGACGCCAACGGCAACCCGGGUGGCUUCGUCAAUAACCCCCUGUCCGACCUGGCGUCCGACCCGGCGCUCGUCGGCUACUACUGCACCCUUCCCGACGACGACGACGACGCCCCCUACACGCCGCGCGCCGCCCUCCUGCCCGAGAGAACAAAGGCCACCGUAAACACGCCGGUCACGCCCGAGCUCGAGGCCUCCUACAGACAGAUUCCCGACGGGGCCCCGGCGAGACUCUCGUCCGAAGGCCCCUCGACGGAGACCAUCUCCUCGGCUUUCACGUCGCCCCUCUCGGCCUGCCUGCCCACGCCUGUGCCGACGCCCACGGCCUGCGAGAUUGCAAGGCCCACCCUUGCAGAGAGCGUCCCUGCCAUGCCCGCCGCCGCCCCGACCCCGCCGCCAUCGCAGGCCCCGUCGCAGGAGGCCGCUUGCGUCCUGCGGCGUCCUCGGGAGAAGAACCCUUCGCCAGAACUGAGCGAGAAGGAGCGCGACCUUCUGGAGGAGUUUAACAUCAACCUCGAACUCAGUGCGUCGGAGAAGCGUGAGAGCAAUAUUCCAAAAACCGGUUUCGACUUCCUGGACAACUGGUAAAAUGGCGAGGGCGGGAGAAAAAAAAAUGGCGCUGGCCAGGGAGGAUGCACUCGACACACAUGAUGACACUCGUGCCCUACUAAACUCUUCAGCACUGUAUUUAGAUUAUAUAUCCUAAUAAUACGUCUUGUGCUCGGUGUGUGUGUGUGUGUGUGUGUGUGUGUGUGUGUGUGUGUGUGUGUGUGUGUGUGUGUGUGUGUGUGUGUGUGUGUGUGUGUGUGUGUGUGUGUGUGUGUGUGUGACAAUAUCCAAAGGAAAACGAGACACGAAAUCAAAAUGCACUGCGUGUGUUCGUCAGGAUUUUGAUUGGUUUACCUGAUACAGAUAAAACAUGUAAACUGGACUAAAUGUAAAAAAAAAAGACCCUAAUGCUCAUAAAGUGCCCAAUUAAUGACCAGGCAUUAAACAUUGGACCACUUUUUUAUACUCAUUAAACUAAGAUUUGUAAAAGGAAUUUUUUACCCCAAGGUUAUGACUAGAAAUAUUGAAAUUUGCUCACAUAAGUUGUAAGAGUAAACUCACUUCAGUCCCAAGCCGAAGGGAAACCGAAACGAAUUUUGCCUUUAAUAAUCUUUAAAAAAUGGAGGAACAUUUGCAUUACUCGUAGGUUUGCAAGCAUAAGAAUGCAUCACAUGUUAUAAAUUUUCACUUUCUGUUUUGUUGUAAGUGGUGCUAAAAGUGGAGAUCCUUGCCUUGCACAUCUUGUGGAACGCGUGAAUGUGAAAUAUUACAGGACAGAAGGAAUUGUUUUUUAUUGGCCAUCGAGACCCUAGUAUUUGUGUAUGUCUGUGUGCAUGUGUGUGUUCCUUACUGUAGCUGUAUAUCUUUUGUACACGAUGCAGGAAGUAGAACUGUGCAGUUAGGUACUUUAUAAUAUAAUAACAAUAAAACCAAUAAUCACUGGAAAUACAUUCUCACUCAUACACGAAAUUUUGUUUGUUUGUUUGUUUGUUUUGUUUCAUCCUUUGCAGCUAUGGUUUUGCAACUCGUACCAUUACAGUACCAUACUCUCAAAAUAUAUGUAGGAAAAUGUUGUAUUUGUACCGAUUAUAGGUAAGGAAUAAAACCCAUAAAGAGC